AAUUCAGAUCCACCUGCCUUUGCCUCUCAGUGCUGAGAUCAAUGGCAUGCACCACUAAGCCCAGCCUUUUUUAAUUUUCUGUUAAAAACUGGAUCUAUGAAGCCAUGGCUGACUGGAAAUUCACAGAGAUAUGCCUACCAUUGUCUCAGGAGGGAUAGGAUUAUAGCCACACCACAUGGCUCCUACUUCAACACACACCCCAAACAAAGGUAACACAAGACCAAGGAUGGUCCCUCCCAUUAGGAGGACUUCUCAAGACUCUCAAACUGUACUCCUUUCUUAAUUUUUCCUUUCAUUCUUUCUCUCUCUCUUUUUCUUUUUCCUUCCUCCUCCUCUUAAAAUAGUUAAGUGGUCUUCAGUAUUCUUUUUCUUUUUAACUUAUUGUACACACAUGAUUUUAGUGUUACCACCAAUCAAUCACCCAAUUUUCACAACAGCAGGUAGAACUGUAUAGAGGCCAAAUCCUCCAGACUGGCUCAGCCUCAUAAGUGCUCUGACUUCAGCCACCCCAACCCACAGUGUCCUUGUCUUGUCUGAGGCUUGAGACCAACCAGAGCAGCUCCACAGCAGGCCAGGCUACUCUCCAGACUCUCCAAGGUUUCCAGCUCCAGCUCCAAGCUCCCCCCAUGGUGGCGACGCUGAGCCUGGAGCCCGCGGGCCGCAGCUGCUGGGACGAACCACUGAGCAUCGCCGUGCGCGGCUUGUACCCCGAACAGCCCAUCACGCUGCGCGCCGCCCUGCGCGACGAGAAAGGCGUUCUCUUCCGCGCCCACGCGCGCUACUGCGCCGACUCCCACGGCGAGCUGGACUUGGCGCGCGCGCCCGCGCUGGGCGGCAGCUUCGCGGGGCUCGAGCCCAUGGGGCUGCUCUGGGCCAUGGAGCCCGAUCGGCCCUUCUGGCGCUUGAUCAAGCGCGACGUGCAGACGCCCUUCGUGGUGGAGCUGGAGGUGCUGGACGGCCACGAGCCCGACGGCGGGCGGCUGCUGGCGCGGGCGGUGCACGAGCGUCACUUCAUGGCUCCCGGGGUGCGGCGCGUGCCCGUGCGCGAGGGUCGUGUGCGCGCCACGCUUUUCCUGCCUCCAGAACCUGGGCCCUAUCCUGGGAUCGUGGAUCUUUUUGGAGUUGGAGGUGGCCUUCUGGAAUAUCGAGCAAGUCUGCUGGCUGGAAGGGGUUUUGCAGUCUUGGCUCUGGCUUAUUAUAACUACGAUGACCUCCCCAAGAGCAUGGAGGCCAUGCGCAUGGAGUACUUUGAAGAAGCUGUGGACUACCUGCUUAGUCACCCUGAGGUAAAAGGUCCAGGAAUUGGGAUUCUUGGGAUUUCCAAAGGGGGUGAACUUGGCCUUGCUAUGGCCUCCUUCCUGAAGGGCAUCAAAGCUGCUGUCUUCAUCAAUGGCUCUAUGGUCGCUGUUGGGAACACCAUAAGCUACAAGGAUGAGACUAUCCCUCCAGUGUCUCAUCUGAGAGAUCAAAUCAAAGUGACCAAAGAUGGCCUCUUGGAUGUUGUGGAAGGGCUUCAAAGCCCUUUGGUAGAGACGAAGAGCGUCAUCCCUGUGGAAAGGUCUGACACCACCUUCCUGUUCCUGGUGGGUCAGGAUGACCACAACUGGAAGAGCGAGUUCUAUGCCAAUGAGAUCUCCAAGCGCUUACAGGCCCAUGGGAAGGAGAAGCCCCAGGUCAUCCUCUACCCAGAAGCGGGGCACUAUAUUGAGCCCCCUUACUUCCCGCUGUACAAGGCUGGCAUGCACGUCCUGGUGGGUACUAAUAUCACCUUUGGAGGGGAGCCCAAGCCUCAUGCCAUGACCCAGGUGGAUGCGUGGCAGCAACUUCAGACUUUCUUCCACAAACACCUGGGUAGUAAGAAUUAGGGGGUUAUGAGCUGGAGAGAUGGCUCAGCCAUUAAAGGCUAGGCUCACAACAAAACUAAAAGAAUUAGGGGGUGACUCCUCAAAUAUUAUCCAUUGUCUGAUGGUUUGGCGGGGGGAAGUUCAAACACAUUGUAAAAACAUCAGUUAAGAUUACUUUAUCUAUGUGGUGGCGCACGCAUUUAAUCCCAGCACUCGGGAGGCAGAGGCAGGUGGAUCUUUGUGAGUUUGAGGCCAGCCUGGUCUACAAGAGCUAGUUCCAGGACAGGCUCCAAAGCGACAGAGAAACCCUGUCACAAAAAAAUAAAAAAAGAAUGAUUUUAUGUAAUCAGUGCUGAACAUAGGGCUUAUGCAAGGCUAGAAAUGUGGUUCAGUGGUAGAGUACAUGACUGUCUUGUGAAGUCUCCGGGUUCAAUCCCAAGUGCUGUAGGAAAAUAGACAAAUGUUUUAUGAAAACUGUACAUAUUCAAGAAAUUGUGCUCAGAAUAAAAAGAACACCAUGAAUAGUCA